GGAUACUUGACCCAAAUGUCCGAUAAAAGCCUCCUCCCUCGGCGAAUCGCCGGGCGGAAUGUUGAAAAGUCGCCGCUCGGCGUGCACGCACGAAUUUCGCCCGUGACGAGCGUCGUGCCGCGAAGUUGGUGUCACGCGAGCCUCGAAGCCGCUGUGAAUUUAGAUCCGCUCGGGAGUAACGCGCGGGUAGUAAAGACGUGUUGCACGACGGCGACGGCGGUGGCGGCGGUGGCGGCUUACAUAAUCGUCGACGACAGAAGUUUCGCGCCGGCACAGCCGAUGCAACCAGCCAGGGGGAACCCCCGGGUUCCUAGUCCUGAGCCGUUGCGACCGUUCACCCCGCCGGACCUCUCUUCCAUACCCCACAUGGACGACACACCCCUGCACAAUGGCAGCGGCAACAACAACCUCGGCGGUGGCAAUACGGCCAACCGGGCGAACGACGGCGGAGAGGAAGAAACCACCGGGCCCUAUAUCGUCGGUAGUCCCAUCGAUCUCGGGGAUAUCGAUAAUGUCGACAAUAUCGGCCUCCGUCUGGACCCGAUCACGCGCAGCAGUAGACGGAGAAUGCGGGAGCACAUCGAGCUGCAGGAGACCGGCUCGCCGGAUUCCGACGUUGGUCCGGUAAGGGCGGAAAAUGGUGGCUCACAGGGCGAUGAUCAACCAGCCGCGCAACAGAAUGACGGCGAGGAGAGGAUCAUUUUCGUCAAUGCCCCUCAUCAGCCUGCGAAAUACAAGAACAAUCACAUUACUACCGCGAAAUACUCGUUUCUAACGUUCAUACCCUUAUUCCUGUUCGAACAGUUUCGCCGUUACAGCAAUUGCUUCUUCCUGUUCAUCGCACUCAUGCAGCAAAUACCAGACGUAUCUCCGACAGGACGCUGGACAACAUUGGUUCCACUGAUUUUUAUUCUCAGCUUGUCCGCUUUGAAAGAGAUAGUCGAGGACGUUAAGAGGCACAGAGCGGACGAUGAAAUAAAUAUGAGUGAGGUGGAGGUACUGAGGGACGGACGCUGGCAGUGGAUACAGUGGCGCGCAGUGGCUGUCGGCGAUGUGGUUAAGGUUCACAACAACACUUUCUUCCCCGCUGAUUUGAUUUUGUUGUCGUCGUCGGAGCCACAGGGUAUGUCUUUCAUAGAGACCGCUAAUCUGGACGGCGAGACGAAUCUGAAGAUCCGACAGGCCCAUUCCGACACUGCCAAUCUCUUGGAUACCGCGGAAUUGACGAAUUUUCGCGCUAACAUCCAAUGCGAACCGCCCAAUAGGCAUUUGUACGAGUUCCAUGGAGUCCUACGGGAGACCAAUAAACAGAGUGUAGCUUUAGGACCAGAUCAAUUGUUGCUCCGAGGCGCGGUGUUGCGGAACACGCGGUGGGUGUUCGGUGUAGUCAUCUACACGGGACACGACACAAAACUCAUGCAGAAUAAUACCACGACAGCGCCGUUGAAACGAUCUUCCCUGGAUCGGGUGAUCAAUACGCAGACAUUGAUGCUAUUUUUCAUACUCCUUCUCUUAUGCAUUCUUUCCACGAUAUUCAAUGUCGUAUGGACGAACGCCAACAAGGAUGGCCUCUGGUAUCUGGGAUUAAAAGAGGAAAUGAGUAAAAACUUCAUUUUCAAUCUACUGACGUUCAUCAUUCUCUUCAAUAAUUUAAUACCAAUAUCGCUGCAAGUAACGCUUGAGGUAGUGAGAUUCGUUCAGGCCACGUUUAUUAAUAUGGACAUAGAGAUGUAUCAUCCGGAAACGGAUACCCCAGCGAUGGCUCGUACAAGUAAUCUGAACGAAGAGCUUGGAAUAGUUAAAUAUAUAUUUACGGAUAAAACCGGCACUCUUACGAAGAACGUCAUGGAAUUCAAGCGAUGUUCAGUCGGUGGAAGACUGUACGAUUUGCCAAAUCCUUUGAACGGUACGUCCGACGAAAGUACGAGCGACAGCAGUUGCGAGUUGAUCAAGGAUAUUAUGGAGGGAAGGUCCGUGCGGGACUUGUCGAAUCCUAUCGAUAAGAAGAAGGCGGAACAUGCAAAAAUACUUCACGAAUUUAUGGUCAUGUUGUCGGUUUGCCACACAGUUAUUCCCGAGAAAAUAGACGAUUCCCUAUUUUAUCACGCUGCGUCUCCUGACGAAAGAGCACUGGUAGACGGAGCACGUAAAUUUAACUACGUGUUCGACACGCGGACACCCAAUUACGUGGAAAUCGUAGCUCUAGGCGAGACGCAGCGAUACGAAAUCCUGAACGUUAUUGAAUUCACCUCGGCGAGGAAGCGUAUGUCGGUGAUCGUGAAAACGCCCGAGGGGAAGAUUAAGAUUUUUUGCAAAGGCGCGGACUCGGUUAUUUAUGAGAGAUUGAUGUCGGCUUCUUUAGAAACUAGUGAUCUUGAUUCAGAACACGUGGACGAUUUUCGUGAGACGACUCUUGAGCAUUUGGAAAAUUUCGCCACCGACGGACUGCGGACGCUCUGUUUCGCCGUCGCGGAUAUACCUGAAAACGUUUAUCAGUGGUGGCGCGAGUCGUAUCAUAAAGCGUCGAUCAGUCUUAGGAAUCGCGAAAGUAUGCUGGAACAAUCUGCGAAUUUUAUUGAGAGUAAACUUACGUUAUUAGGAGCGACCGCAAUUGAAGAUCAACUACAAGAUCAAGUCCCAGAAACGAUACAGGCUUUUAUACAAGCUGAUAUCUAUGUCUGGGUAUUGACAGGAGACAAGCAAGAAACCGCCAUAAACAUUGGUUAUUCGUGUAAAUUAAUAACGCACGGGAUGCCACUUUACAUUAUUAAUGAAACUUCUUUGGAUAAAACGAGGGAAGUCAUCAUCCAACGCUGCCUUGAUUUUGGGAUCGAUUUAAAAUGCCAAAACGAUGUAGCCCUGAUUAUAGACGGCAGUACGUUGGAUUAUGCUUUGUCUUGCGAUAUUAGGAUGGAAUUCUUGGAAUUAUGUUCAGCUUGCAAAGUCGUCAUCUGUUGUAGAGUGUCGCCGAUUCAAAAAGCUGAGGUGGUUGACUUAAUCACGAGUAACAAGAAAGCGGUAACUCUUGCAAUCGGAGAUGGCGCAAACGAUGUGGCUAUGAUACAAAAAGCUCACAUCGGCGUCGGUAUUUCGGGUGUAGAAGGUCUUCAAGCAGCCUGUGCCUCGGAUUAUUCCAUUGCGCAGUUUCGUUUCCUGAAACGUCUGUUAUUCGUUCACGGCUCUUGGAAUUAUAGCAGAAUGUGUAAAUUAAUCUUGUAUUCGUUUUACAAGAACAUUUGUCUGUAUGUUAUUGAAUUGUGGUUUGCCAUCUAUUCCGGCUGGUCCGGACAGAUUCUUUUCGAAAGAUGGUCCAUUGGACUUUAUAACGUGGUUUUCACCGCUGCGCCUCCUCUAGCUAUGGGUCUCUUUGACAAAGUAUGCUCCGCGGAAACUCACCUGGCUCAUCCGGGACUGUACGCGACGAAGAAUAAUGGCGGAUCAUCCUUCAAUAUUAAAGUAUUUUGGGUAUGGAUUAUAAAUGCGCUAAUUCAUUCGUCGCUGUUGUAUUGGUUGCCGCUAAUGGCCUUGAAACAAGACGUAGCCUGGGCAAACGGUAGAGACGGUGGUUAUCUUCUAUUAGGAAAUUUUGUUUAUACUUAUGUUGUAGUAACGGUAUGUGCGAAGGCGGGUCUAAUAAUAAACUCGUGGACAUGGGUCACCCACUUGGCGACAUGGGGUUCUAUAAUACUCUGGUUCUUAUUUAUUUUGAUAUAUAGUAAUUUUUGGCCCGUCUUGAACGUCGGCGCUGUGAUGUUGGGAAAUGACAAAAUGUUAUUUUCUUCGCCUGUCUUUUGGCUGGGACUUAUAUUAAUACCAAUCGCGGUAUUACUACUAGAUGUUACAGUAAAAGCGGUGAAGAAUACGGUUUGGAAAUCCGUAACGGAAGCAGCCCGAGAGAAUGAAAUUAGGAAAUCCGAUCCUGGUGAUAUAUUCAAUAACCAAGAUUACAGAAGCUCAUUGACCGAGACGGCGAGGUUGCUGAAAAAUGUUAAAAGCGUUUUCACCAGGCGCUCGAACGCCGCCUCCAGAGUCAGUGUCGAAGUGGAGCUAUCACAGAUUAAUGAAUUGCGACCUUUGUUAUUGCGCAUGCUGCGCGAUGCAGAUGGUUUCGCGUUCUCUCAAGAGGAGGGUGGCUCGGUGACCCAGACGGACGUGAUCAGAGCCUACGACACGAAUCUUCCGAAGCCCGGCGGCAUGUGAUUUAAGCGAGGCAGCCGCCGUGCGGCGAGGUGAUGCUGGUCGCUCUUCCAAGCGGCCUGAGAACGGGCAGGGAGCCUCGUAGCUCUGCGUUUUACUCGACUGACACGGGAGGGAAUCAUCAGAACGACGAAUGACAUCGGGAUCAAAUCGACGACGGGCCUGAGGACCGGAGGAGACUCGAGAGAAAAAAAAAUCCUAUCCUUCAAUCGGUCGUGCUUCGCUAACAGUUAGAAUCUGACCGAUCCUAACGAAAAUGGCCUUUCAAUCGAACGACUGAUCACUAACUAAUUUUAUUUUGCUGGACUUCUCGCUGAGCAAAAAGGGAAUUAUAUAUUUGUAACUUGACGCGUCACGUCUGGAAUGGACGUUUAAUUUAAUCGGUAACGUUAAUGUUCGAAGCGAAGGAAUUCUCUUUGAAUAGCUACAAUCCACUUUUGCAGGAUGCUCUGAUAUUAGCGCGAGUAAUAUCAGUUAUUUUGAUACUCCGUGAAAUUUUAUUCUGAUAUACCAAGUAGAGAUCUCAUCCUUGAAGUGUCGGGUAGCGAUGUGUGUCUGCAGCUGCAUUUCGCUCGCGCGAUGCAUUUGGAAACGCAUUUCGCGUUAGCGUUAGUCAAAGUUGCGUGCACCGAGUUCAACAUGUAAAAAAAAAGAGAAAAGAGAAAAACCGCGUCUAUUCUCGUAGAACGCAGGAGCAAGAUGCCGCUCUGCUUCUUCUUUUGAGGAACAAAAAUUGUGCUAAUUAUUCAAGUUGUAAUUCCGAUCUUAAAUGUGUUAAAAUACAUAUAUAUAUUUGUUUUAUACGUAAAUAGAUUUGUCGUGCGAGAUAAUUAUCUUGGGGACGCAUUCGAGUGGGAUCUUUCUUGAAUUACAAAUAUCCUCUACAAUGUUAUGCAUAUGUAUAUAUGCAUGAGUCUAAUGCUUGUUUCCACCAACACAAAUUAAUUUUAAUCUCAGUUUAACUUACUCUUUAUCUUUCUUUAAUUCUAAAUAGUUUUAAGAAUUGGAAAAGGAUAAGGAGUAAGUUAAACUGAGAUCAAAUUUAAUCUACAUUAUUGGAAAUGAACAUAAGAGGAAAUUUGUACAUUUCGAAAUUGGAGGUUCGGCGAUCGCGACACGAUGGAGGAUUACAUUCGAUUUCGUGCCAGAAAAAGACUGUUCCCCUUGUCCGAUAUUAUAUAUAUGUACAUUACGUUAUUCUAUAUCUUUACUUUUAAAUUAAUGACGUAGAUAUUUCAUUAUAUUUCAUUACUGUACAUACACAAAACUGCAUUGUUAUCUAGUCAGAAUCUGGUACCUAUCAAUUCAGAGAUUCACUUUUCUGACUGUUGUAAUACACUCUUUUUUUAAGUUUACGACUGAGAACUUUAAUAGAGAAAUAUAUGUAUGUUUAUAUAUAUGUAUAUAGAUUUAUAUAUACAUAUAUAAUAUACAUGUGUAUAUAUAUGUCUACACGUAUUAUACAUAUAAUACGUGUAAAAUAACAAUUGUAUACACUAUGUUCGGAAUAAAACGGUGAUAAAGAAA